UUUCACUAAACCAGACCUUGUAAUUAACUCAUUUAUAAAACAGCCAGUUUACCGUCGAGCGUAAAUCAACAACGAUGAUGAAUACAUUUAAUAAAGACUGUAAUUAUCUUCCAUAAUAUAUUAUGAUUGAUUGAUGAUAUGGAUUAGUGUAUGAAACGAGAGUGUACCCAUUAAUUCUUCCAGUAUGAUUCGAUACACAAAUCGACAAACAGUAAACAUGAAAUCGGCGGUUAUCUUACUAGCAGCGUCUUUAACCUUGGUGACUGGUGCGCGUAUUUUGUGCGUCUUUCAAAUGCCUGCCGUCAGCCACCAGCGAGUGUUCCAGCCGAUAUGGAAGGAAUUAUCGCUGAGAGGUCACCAAGUGGUAGUGGUGACCCCGAGGCCCCUGCGGGACGCCUCUCUGGCGACGCUCCGAGAAAUCGACGUCAGCACCGCCAAUUACGAGAUAAUCAAGCGGCACGGUUUCCAAUUCUACAUGAACAAAAUGCACGCGGUGCACACGAAGAUACCGAAGAUAUUCGCCAUGCACUACGAGUUUGCCGAGUCCGUUUUGGGCAACAAAGAGUUCAUAGAGGUCUACAACAGCACUGAGGAGAAAUUCGAUUUGGUCAUCGCACAGACUUACAUAUCGCCUGUACUGUACGGGCUGGCCGCGAAAUUCAAAGCGCCUUUGAUAGGGGUUUCCUCCAUGGGGGGAUACAUUGGCACACAUUUCGGCAUAAACAACCCCCAUCAUCCUGCUAUGUAUUCGGAGAUGUUCUUGCCCUACAACGGUCGUUUAAGUUUCUACGAAAGAAUUAAAAGCACACUCUAUUAUCUGUUCGCGAGGUUUUACCGAGCAUUCGUUAUUCUACCCAAAUCUGAUGAACUGAUAAGGAAGUACUUAGGCGAUGAUAUACCUCAUAUAGAGGAAAUCGAAAGGAAUAUGAGCUUGCUUUUACUGACAAUAAAUCCUUUUUUGUACACACCAAGACCCACUAUCCCAACGAUAAUUCCUUUGGAAAACAUUCACCUGCAACCCGUCAAACCUUUACCUGCUGAGUUAAAAUCAUUUCUGGAUGAGGCGAAAGAAGGAGUGAUAUACUUCAGUUUGGGAUCGAAUGUUCAAAGUGUAAACAUACCCGAUGGGGUUAGAGACACGCUGAUUGCGGCUUUUGCUGAAUUACCCUACAAGAUUCUCUGGAAAUUCGAAUCUGACGAUUUGCCCAACAAACCCGAAAACGUCUUCAUAAAAAAAUGGUUGCCUCAAAACGAUUUGUUAGCACAUCCGAACAUAAAGCUAUUCAUCUCGCAGUGCGGGCACCAAUCCUUGGAGGAAACUCUGGCUAGAGGCGUUCCUAUCGUGGCUUUGCCUUUCAUAGCAGAUCAGGAAAUGAACGCUAGGCGAUUGUCCGAGCUGGGCGUAGCUGUAGAAUUGGAUUUCGAGAAUCUUACUAAAGAAGACGUAAAAGCGGCUGUGUUAGAAGUAGCUGGUAAUCCCAAAUACAGAAGGAACGUUGAGAAAUUAAGGGAGAUUUGGGCGGAUCAUCCGAUGAAAUCGAUAGAUAGAGCUGUUUGGUGGAUAGAAUAUGUUAUAAGGCAUAAUGGCACUGAGCAUUUGAAAACACCUUAUGCGAAUAUUCCUUGGUUCCAGUAUUUAUUAUUAGAUGUUAUUCUGGUAUUUUUAUCAAUAACAUCGAUAAUUUCGUACUCGUUAUCAACCGUUGUAAAGUAUUUAUCUACGCUAACUACAAAAAAAUUGAAAACAAACUAAUUUUAAUCAAAUAAAACACUAAUUGAA